CUGGCUCAUUCGGGUUACCAUCACUCAUUCUUAAUGCAUUAAAAAGUAGUAUUCUUGACGGUUUUGUCAAUUGUGGAUCCACAAAAAUGAUGCAACUUGUAACAUGGGCGGUAUUAUAAGUAGCAAACUAGGGACACACUUCCUCACCUAAAAAAGUCCAUAACUUCCUUAGCUUUUGUAAACAAGAUAAUGAAUAGGGAGAAUUGCAAACAAGAACCAUGUGUGGAUGACUAUGUUGAUUCGAAAGGCAGACCUUGUAAGCCCGGCAAACAUGGUGGUAUGCGUGCUGCUCUUGCCAUCCUCGGACUUCAGUCAUUCGAAAUGAUGGCUAUUGCUGCGGUUGGAAACAAUCUUAUCACUUAUGUUUUCAAUGAGAUGCAUUUCCCUUUAUCAAAGUCUGCCAACGUUGUCACAAACUUUGUUGGCACCGUCUUUCUACUUUCUCUCCUUGGUGGCUUUGUCUCUGACUCCUACCUCGGUAGCUUCCGUACCAUGUUACUUUUCGGCUUCAUUGAGCUAUGUGGAUUUAUAUUGCUAUCUAUACAAGCUCAUCUGCCUCAACUUAGACCACCAAAAUGUGACAUGACGUCGAGUGUUAGCAAAUGUGAGGAAGCACAAGGUCUCAAGGAGUUCAUAUUCUUCGCAGCCGUCUAUUUGGUGGCUUUAGGAAGUGGUUGUCUAAAACCAAAUAUAAUUUCUCUUGGAGCUGACCAGUUCCGGAAAAAGGACUCUAGGAAGCUAUCGACUUAUUUCAACUGUGCCUAUUUUGCAUUUUGCAUCGGUGAGCUCAUAGCACUAACGCUUCUAGUUUGGGUGCAAACAAAUUCUGGGAUGGAUAUAGGGUUUGCUGUUUCAGCUGCUGCCAUGGCUGUCGGAUUGAUAUGCUUACUUUCGGGGACUUCUCUUUAUAGGAACAAGCCUACUUGUGGAAGUAUAUUCACUCCGAUUGCUCAAGUUUUUGUAGCUGCAAUUACGAAGAGGAAACAAGUUUGCCCUUCGAGUUUUAAGAUGCUCCAUGGAAGCCAAAGUACAGUCAUCCUACACCAUAAUGUCUCAACCGAGUCACAUGGUGGUAGCAGCCUUCUCCAUACCGAUAAGUUCAGGUUCUUGGACAAAGCAUGUAUUAAGAUUCAAGAUGAUACUCAAAGCAAUGAAAGCCCAUGGAGAUUGUGCACCAUGUCCCAAGUUGAGCAAGUGAAGAUACUCAUAUCAGUAGUUCCCAUUUUUGCCUGCACCAUCAUCUUCAACACCAUUUUAGCACAACUCCAAACGUUCUCUGUUCAACAAGUAUUCCUAGUGCCUCUCUAUGAGACAGCCUUUGUCCGCAUUGCACGCAAAAUCACAGGGCAUGACUCAGGAAUCUCUCCGCUACAAAGGGUUGGUGUCGGGCUCUUCAUUGCAACAUUCUCCAUGGUUUCAGCUGCAGUAGUUGAGCACAAGCGAAGAACAAUGGCUUUGAGAGAUCCGAGAGAAACCCUCUCAAUCUUUUGGAUCGCACCACAGUUUCUUGUUUUUGGGGUCUCAGAGAUGUUCACUGCAGUUGGGCUAAUCGAAUUCUUUUAUAAGCAAUCAUUAGAAGGCAUGCAAUCUUUCUUGACAGCAAUGACGUAUUGCUCAUACUCAUUUGGAUUCUACUUAAGUUCUAUCUUGGUAUCCCUUGUGAACAAGGUCACUUCUAGGUCCGGUCAUGGUGGAUGGCUCAGCGACACAACCUCAACAACGACAGAUUAG